UGACGUCAUCGCUGCUGGAUGUAAACAACAGAGCCAAGGGGCGGCGGGCUGCCUUCCCUCAGGUGUUGUGCUGCUCGUCACCUCCCCGUGGACGCCGCCAGCUGACCAAGGGCGGGGCAAGGCUUCAAGUGUGGCUCAGUGUCCCUUUUCCCCUGCAUGUCAAGGUGAAACGUGUAUCGCGGUAGAGGAAAACCAGGUAUAGCUGAAGAACACUUAACAGAAGCAGCGAUGGGGGACCACUCUAUACGCUUCAGGAAGAGGUUUAUGCCACGCACCUUUGCUGACUUCAGUGCCCUGGUCUUCAUGUCUCUUAUCAUACCAACCGUAUACUGGUUUGAGGUGUAUGUUGUAGCACCCACAGUGUACAACACGACACUCAACUUCUUACACACCCUCCUGGGAACAUACAUCGUACUUAAUAUACUUGGUAACUUCAUCGCCAUCAUCACUGUUGACACCUCCACUCAGGGGCAGGUGUUGCCCUCCCAGGUGCCCCUUGGGUGGCAUGUGUGUGCCAGCUGCGAGAGCACUGCGCCUCCACGCUCCCACCACUGCAACACCUGUAACAUGUGCAUCCUCAAGAAGGAGCACCACUGUGUGUUUGCUGGCUGCUGCGUGGGGCUCGCCAACCACCGCUACUUCUACAUUUUCCUCUUCCUCAUGUGGGGCUCAACGCUGUACUGCUCCUUCCUCAAUGCCUGCUUCAUAUGGCCAUAUGUGGGAGGCUUCAACUGGUGGGCCUUGGUGCGCCUCCUCCUCCCAGGGGUGUGGCUCCUGUGGGAACCGUCCAUCAACACACUGUAUUCCUUCCUCUUCUCCAUCAACGUGAUUGGCUGCCUCUUCAUGUCAGUGCUCAUGUAUUACUACACAGCACUCCUGGUGACCAACACAACCACUUACGAGAACAACCACGGCAAGGGGCAGAAGUAUGACCAAGGCAGGGAGCACAACCUGAAGGUGACCCUGGGAGAGCGCUGGUACCUCACUUGGGUGUUUCCAACGCUGUACUCACGCCUGCCUUGUGACGGCCUGGAGUGGCCAUCACAGCAGCGCUCCACGGCAAAGACUGACAAACACAAGAGCAAGUAAGCCACAGCCACUCACAGCGUCCUCCUUGCAGCCUGAAGUGUUCACCCGGUAUCUGGUAAGUGAGGUGGAAAGUACAAAUAGACUGAACUUACUCCAUGAUGUUUGUCCCUUUGCUCAAAUAGUACAUGUUGCUUGCAGUGUUUAGGGAUUUCAGAAGUGUGUGCAUUCUCAAGACCUGGAUGGACCUUGGUAUUGCUCCCUUGUUUUAUCGGUUUCAUCUUCUGGCCAGAUUUUUGCUCUAAUCUGCAGACACCGUGAUAUGAACACUUACAACUGCUGUCCUGUUGUAAAUGCCUGAAUAACCUUGAAAGCUAUGCAUCAUUUUCUUUUCAAAGGGAGUCAGGAUUAGUUUAAGCUUUUACAUUGGAAUACGAACUGGAAAUGUAGAACAGCAAUAACCUGAUGAUUGAGGACUAGAUAUCUAUUGAAUGACCCUUCCAGACUAACAAAUGGCAAGGAUAGUAAUAAAAUUCGCAUAUCAUUGUCCCGUAAGUCACAUUCUACAACUUUUGGAAUCCCUAAUUUUCCUGUCACAAAGUUUUGCCAAAGUUGUGUUAGCGGUCAUGUCAAGGUUUGCCGCAUAACAAGAUUUUUAAUGCACCAGCUACUUAAUUUUUUACCCUGCAGGAGUGUUGAGGAUGAGUGAUUGACUUACAUUUGGUUCUUUAUCAUAGUCCCAGAUUCAGUGUUCUUGUAAGCCCUCUGAGGGUUAACAGAUACUCCUGCUUAUCUUAUCUACUCUGAUGCCUCUUUGCUGGAGCUCUCAGAAGAGGACGUCCAUAGCAGUAGAGCUUUCAUUCAGUCAUUCUCUCCUAAGAGUUGUACUAUAGCUGUAGUUGUAUGUGGGUUUAAGUUAAUAAUGUAAACUGAUAGUAACUUCUUUUUGGAUCUCUUUAUCUCUUCCCUUAGACUUCUUCAACCCUUUCUCUUGAAGCAGAUGCCAUUCCAUUGCCCCUUUCUUCUUCAUGCUUAGGACUGCUCUUGUAACUAUUUUGUGUAAUAAUAUACAAGUUGGCUAGUGACAGCUUUUUCUUCAGCAUCUCUUCUUUAGUGUAAUUUCUGACAUUCCAUAGUUAAGAGAAAGAUAUAUAGAAUAUUUUAGCUUUAUUAAUGCCCUACAAUAGAUCCUGGACAAUAUGAAAUGUUUAAUAUAUGAUUCAUUUGUUAAUUUAUAAGAAAUUUAUUGUUGAAUCGAUGAGAUGAUGUAGUCGCAGCUUUGUGGAGGUGUAACUGUAAGAAACUGUGUGUAUAAUGAGUAGUGUUGGGGCAUGUAGGCGAGUGUGUGGGGAGGAGACCCUCAGCUUUCUUAAAUCAGUGAUGCAGUUUUGUCCUCGUGUAAGGCGAAGGAAACUCACAGCAGGCAUCUAGCAAGGCAAGGCCGAGCCGGGGGUGACCAACACAGCUAGUCAGACACACAUUACUCUGUAGGUUGUUGUUCACACUUCAUGUAAAGACCCAAGGUGAUACUCACUAGUCAUUUUACUCAGUUCUUAUACUCACAGACUCUUAGAAGCCCAAUAGCUAUGCAUGCACAGCACAGCACUAACCUCUAUAACACACAUCACUAUAGCAUAAAUAACGUAGUAAGUACGUUGGUGGUUGUGACUUAUUUAUAGUGUUAUUGAUUUUAUCAUGAUUUUAGAUUGCCUGAUUUUGUAAAAUAUUUGCAUCUCUUUCUAUAAUCUUGCUUGCUUAUUUCAUAUAAUUUGCAUCACUUACUUAGUUCUAUUAUCUUUUUACCAAUAAUUUUCUUCAUUAAACCCUUAUACCUUU